GCAGCGCUGGGAGCGAGCGCGUUGCCUCUCAUCUCCCCCCUGCGCUCUCUGCUGCGCUUUCCUUCGAGGUCGCACCUCUUCCUGGAGAGAAUGGGAGCCUCUUCUCGGAGGAGCCCGCAGCCUCUCGGGCCGCCGGCGCCCCCUCUCUCCCGCUCCGGAGGAGCCCUCCUCGCGGUUCUGCUGCUGCUCACGCUGCCGGCGGCCUGGGGUAAUUGCAAAGCCCCGGCACAGCUCCCGUUUGCCAGGCCUACAGAACCGAUUGAGAAGUCUGAGUUUCCCAUUGGGGCAUCUUUGAACUACAUAUGCCGCCCUGGUUACUACAAGAAACAGUUCCGUAUCACCUGCCAAGAGAACUCGACCUGGUCAAGUGCUGAAAACAAAUGUGAACGUAAAUCAUGUGGAACUCCUCCAGAACUCAUCAAUGGCAGAAUGACCAUAAACGGAGACACCAAGUUUGGAUCAACUAUUAAUUAUGCUUGUAAUGAAGGAUACCGACUCAUUGGUCAGCCCUCUAGCACGUGCCUCAUCUCGGGCAAUAUUGUCGUCUGGGAUAACAGCCCACCUACUUGUGAAAGAAUUCCUUGUGGGCCGCCCCCGAACAUUGCCAAUGGAAGUUUCACUAGCAUCAACAGAGAAUAUUUUCCAUACGGGACGGUGGUGACCUAUCGCUGCAAUUCUGGACAGAGAGGGAAAAAGCCGUUUGAGCUUGUGGGCCAGCCGUCAAUAUAUUGCACCAGCAAAGACAACCGCGUCGGCACGUGGAGCGGCCCUCCCCCUCAGUGCAUUAUACCUAAUAAAUGCACACCUCCGGAAAUUGAAAAUGCAAUAAUAGUAUCUGAGCGCAAAACCUUAUAUUCCUUAAAUGAAAUCGUGGUGUUUAUGUGUGAGUCCGGCUUUGACAUGAAAGGACCCUCCAGUGUGAAAUGCCAACCUCGAAACAGAUGGGAGCCACAGCUGCCAAGCUGCUCUAGGCUAUGUGCGCCGCCUCCAGAAAUUCCGCAUGGUAAGCCCACCCCAAGCGACAAGGACAGUUUUUCCCCUGGGCAGGAAGUAUUCUACAGUUGUGAGCCUGGCUAUGAUCUCAGAGGGACCGCUUCUGUGCGCUGUACGCCCCAGGGAAACUGGAGCCCAGCAGCCCCUACAUGUGCAGUGAAAUCAUGUGAUGACUUCCUGGACCAACUCCCUAACGGUCGUGUGCUCUUUCCACUUAAUUUCCAGCUUGGGGCAAAAGUGUCCUUCAUUUGCAAUGAGGGGUUCCGUUUAAAGGGAAGUUCUGCUAGUUACUGUACCUUGGUUGAAAUGAAAACCCUUUGGAACAACAGUGUUCCUGUGUGUGAGCAAAUCUUUUGUCCAAGCCCUCCAUCUAUCCUUAAUGGGAACCACACCGGAACUCCUCAGGGAGGAGUUCCCUAUGGAGAGGAAGUUACUUACAUGUGUGACCCCCGCUCAGCCAGAGGGAUGACCUUCAACCUCAUCGGGGAGAGCACCAUCCGCUGCACAAGCGACGGUGAAGGGAACGGGAUUUGGAGCGGCCCUGCCCCUUCCUGUGAACUUGCUGGUCCUGCUGGUUACUGUAAAGCCCCAAAAGAGUUUCCAUUUGCCAAGCCUACAACUCAGACUGAUGAAUCUGAGUUUCCAGCUGGGACAUCUUUGACUUUUAAAUGUUCCCCUGGGUAUUUUGAGUCCACGUUUUCUAUCACCUGCUUAGAAAACUUGGUCUGGUCCAGUGCCGAAGAUACGUGUAGACGAAAAUCAUGUGGAGCUCCUCCAGAACCCUUCAAUGGCAUGGUACAUAUAAACACAGAUACCCAGUUUGGAUCAACAGUUAAUUAUUCUUGUAAUGAAGGGUAUCGACUCGUUGGCUCCCCUUCUGCAGCUUGUCACCUCUCAGGCAAUACUGUCACUUGGGAUAAGGAAACACCUGUUUGUAAGAGAAUCUUUUGUCCAAGUCCUCCAUCUAUCCCUAAUGGGAACCACCCCAGAACUUCUCAGGGAGAUGUUCCCUAUGGAGAGGAAGUUACUUACAUGUGUGAACCCCGCUCGGCCAGAGGGAUGACCUUCAACCUCGUCGGGGAGAGCACCAUCCGCUGCAUAAGCGACGGUGAAGGGAACGGGAUUUGGAGCGGCCCUGCCCCUUCCUGUGAACUUGCUGGUCCUGCUGCAUGCCCACAUCCACCCAGGAUCCACAAUGGGCAUUACAUUGGAGAACAUCCAUUUCCAUAUCUUCCUGGGAUGACGGUCAGCUACACUUGUGACCCAGGCUACUUGUUGGUGGGAAGGAGCUUCAUCUUCUGCACAUACCUGGGAACCUGGAGUCAUUUUGAACAUUAUUGCAGAGAGGCAAAAUGUAGACUCCCAGCGCAUAUGAAUGGAAUCCGGAAGGACGUGGAAAUGAGAAAAGUCUAUCACCAUGGAGAUAAUGUAACUUUUGAGUGUGAAGAGGGGUAUACUCUGAAAGGUAGUCCCCAGAGCCAGUGCCAGGCAGAUAACACGUGGGACCCUCCUCUGGCCAUAUGUGCAUCUAGCACACAUGAUGCCCUCAUAGCUGGCAUUUUCUUUGGCACGAUCUUCUUUCUUUUACCCAUCAUCGUGGCCGGUUGGAUAAUUGUAAAGCACAAACAAGGCAAAACUACAGAUGAAAAACGUAAGGAGAGUAUCCAUUUACAUCCUCAAGAAGAGAGCGGUGUAAGUCCUCAAACUGUGCAAACAAAUCAGGAGAACAGCAGUGUCCUUCCUUGACAAAGUAUAUAAAGCUGGAGAACACCUCGAAUUAAAACGUUGGUCGGGAAGGAAGCGAUUCAUUUCAACAGAAUAAGAUGUGAAACGCAUAAAAUCCCAACUGGAAGUGACCUCACAGAGAUGCAAGCAUGUGCACUUGAAGAUGCCGAAAUGCCUCCAGAAUCUAGAAAAAGCUCCCUCCUCUUAGUUUGGAUUACUGUCACCCCUUCACCCUCUGUCCUUGUGCUCAAAGCACACACCAUCCAUUUAGGGGAAAAGACUGCCCUUGGGCUAUAUAAAUAGCCUCACUUACUUAAAGGACAAAGGUGUUGCCUAGGAUCUUGGUUUACCAGUUUGUAUUUUCUUUCUUAUUUUCAAAUGUCCAUACUAUGGAAUGGGCUCAUUAACGAGAAUUUGAAAAUCCAGAGGGACGAUGUGAAAAAAAAGUCACAUAGAAUUAUACUACUCUGUGAUAACCGCUGGUAAUAUUUUGAUUUUUCUGCUAACCUUUGAUUUUUUGCUAACCUUUCUUCAUGUAUGUUUCUUUGUACACAAGUCUUACUUAAAUAGUUAGGUUUUCUGUUAUAGAGCAAAAUCUCCUCCUAUUAGAUCUGAGUAAAAUAUAGCUAUAUCAGUUUUUACUUUCCUUAGAAAAAAGAAUAUUUUCUGUGUAUUAAAAAAAACAUUAAAUGAUUCUGGAGAAGAGGUUUUCAAGAGAAAUAUCUGAAACAAUGAGUUUUGGAUAUCCCUAAGUUGAUUUUCAAAAGCACUUUUACUCUAUUCUUUACAAAAACAUAACUAUUUUAAAUAAAAGAAUAAUUUUAUUAUAAAAGCAAGUGGCUUACUUUUGUAUGGAUUCAGAAUACACUAAAUAAACUAAGAAACUAUGACUUUAAGAAGUUAAAAAAUUGGGGCUCCUGGGUGGCUCAGUCGGUUGAGCGUCCGACUUCGGCUCAGGUCAUGAUCUCACAGUUCGGGAGUUCGAGCCCCGCGCCGGGCUCUGUGCUGACAGCUCAGAGCCUGGAGCCUGCUUCAGAUUCUGUGUCUCCCUCUCUCUCUGCCCUUCCCUGCUCAUGCUCUGUCUCUCUCUAUCUCUCAAAAAUGAAUAAACGGUUAAAAAACAUUUUUUUUAAAAAGAAGUUAAAAAAUUAAUAUAUAAAUAAGUGGUCUUGGAGUCCUUAACUAGUCCACAUACUUACGGAUCAAAAAUUAUCUGGUGUGAUAUUAUGGGUCAUGCUAAUAAUCUAGAAAAUAUCAGAAUCUUCCUGGAUAUUUAACAAUAGAUUCGCAUAUGACUACUGCUAUCUACGUGUAAUCCUGGGUUUUAAGUUGCUUUUAGAGUGUAUUCUGCCAAAUUGACCUUGAUAAAUAUAAAGAGUGAGCCGAACAUCAACUGGAAGUUUUCUUUAAAAUCAUGGAAGGUAGGGAAAAACAGAAUAAGCAAAGUCAACUGACAAACCAGAAGAAAAAAUUACAGCUUAUAUCAUGGACAGGGGAAACAGGCAUAUUUAGAGAGUUAAAAAUUCAAAAACCAUCCCUCUCCAUUCCCCCUCCCUGCAAAAGGGCAAAAGAUAUACAGCCAGGUCACCAAAAGAAGAAAGGGAAGUGACCUAUGAAUAUAUAAAAAGAUCCUAAAUGGCUUUGCUUAGCUGGAACACAGGGAAAUCUAUUACAUCUUAAGCUUCUGAAGAAGUACAUUUUUUUUUAAUUUUUUUUAACGUUUUAUUUUUGAGACAGGGAGAGACAGAGCAUGAACAGGGGAUGGUCAGAGAGAGGGAGACACAGAAUCUGAAACAGGCUCCAGGCUCUGAGCUGUCAGCACAGAGCCCGACCCGGAGCUUGAACUCACGUACCGAGAGAUCAUGACCUGAGCUGAAGUCGGCCGCUAAACUAAGCCACCCAGGCGCCCCUGAAGAAGUACAUUUUAAAGGAGGGCUAGAAAAUAGUUGGGCACUGGGCUGUUUUAGAAUCAAAAUUCCCUAUCACAUGAAAAAAAUGUAAAUUCCUUUUUUUCCACCCAGCAUGAAGUAGGUCUGUGAGUAUUGUGGUUAACAACUAUCUGAUGCCUGGGACAUUUAAUUUCAAGAAAUUCAUGAGACUUUUUUUACCUGUGCAACAUUUAUAUAAGGGAAAUACUCUAUAUACUAAUUAUGGGUAAAAUACUGAAUUUCAAGUUUAAAAAUUUUUAAAUUAAAAAUUUUUAAAUACAAACUUUAUUUGUAUUCUUGAACAAUUGUGUUAACCUCUGGCCUUACAUUUUCCUUCUGAAAAGCAGGGGCUGGUCCAGCUGGUCUCCAAAGUUAUUCCUAGUGCUAAUAUUCUCUUUUUUCUCAUUUGCCUUUUGUGUACAUGCAAGUGUGAGGUGUACGUUAGUUUAAAUCUAUGACGUUUAAAUAAAAUGUUCUGUCUCCAUCAUUAUAAUAAGAAAGGGAUAAAAGAUUUUCCUUUCUAAAUCUACUUGUGGACUAUGGUUUGUAAUAUAUUUACAUUUUAAACCUUCACAAGCCAAGAGGAAACAAAAGGAGUAUGUGUUCCUUCUAAGAAAUGCCUUCCUUUCUGCACUUGAUUGUUUUAGAAUCCCGGGGCAGGUAAUGGCUUACCACAGGAAUGCCCUCGCUGGUAAGAGCUAAAUAAGAAGGUCAACUGAAUGGCAGGUGUUUACCAGAUACAAAGGGCGGUGGCACAGCCCCCAGGGCCAACAUCAGCAAGAUGGUUGAACCAUCCUGUUUAGCCAUCCUCUUUCGGGUUUUCACAAACGCCUCGUGUGUAAUUCACCAUGGCAGCGGAAAGCCUCUCCUGAGAGCACUCACAGGCCCAUUCCUGCUGCUAGCCCGACCUCUGAUAAGCGCGAUGGAAACAGACUAAUUUAGGAGGCCAGGGAUCAUCCAACAUGACGAUUUAUUUUCCAGAAGUUGGCCUGUGUUUAAUGACAGCCUCACACACCUACCUCCUCCCCACUGGCCUUCACAGUCUGAAAGGAGAUGUAGCACGUAGCUCCAAACCUGGUCUACGCACAGGCAUGUUCUCCGUGCUCUCCUCUCCUGCACUUCAGCAGUGUGACAGAAUCUCCAGGGGGAGCGGCAGAAACCAUGAGUGUUUACUCCCCUGCUUCACUCAAAGCCUGGACUCUUGAGUGCCAUUCCCGUCAGGGCUUCAAGGAGUUCACUGUCGACACUCUCCCUUUGAACCAAGUCACUAAAACGAUCUCAAGGCUAAGGGACAGACAGCAGCUCUGCUUCGUAACACAGCUUGCAGUGCCCGAUCCAGGAACGGUUUGUGUGCACACAGUUGUAGCUCAUUCCUUUUAGAGGCAAACCCCACUUUGCUCCCAGUAUCUUAAAAUUCUUACAACAAAAUCUCUCAGAGCUUCCCCGGCAUUUGGUAAAUCCAUGGUGGCGGAGAAUUGGCAGAGGCAUGU